AACUACAGACCUAUCUCUUUAACAUCGGUAUCUUGCAAAGUAAUUGAACCAAAUGUCAAAGAUAAAUUAAUGGAUCAUUUUCAAAGUAACUAUCUUUUCUUUGAAAAGCAGUUUGAAUUCCUCCCAGGCAGAUCUAUUGUUACACAACUUUUAUAUUUUCUUAAUAAUGUCACAAAAGCAAUGAAUCUAAGGAAGAAGUAA